CUUAUUACCCUCUUCACAUGCCUCUCAUCCUCUGAGCCAUUCCUCUUUUUCUCACAUCUCCUUCGUUCAUCUUUCUGCUUUUUUGGAUGAAUAUUUGUCUUCUCUAUUCCUUUCUUCUGAUCCUCUUGCUUUAUUCUUGUUCUAUCACUACUGCUCUUAAAGCAUGCACCAACAAGGCUACUCAGUCUCACACCUUGCGUUACAAGUUAUUAACAUCAAAAAACCAGACAUGGAAGGCUGAGUUAAUGUCUCAUUAUCAUCUAACCCCAACAGAUGACUCAGUUUGGGAAAGUUUAUUGCCCAGAAAGUUACUGAAAGAAGAACAAGAGCAGCAUGAUUGGGCAAUCAUGUACAGAAAAAUCAAGAAUCUGGGUUCGCUCACACCACCUCAAGGGCAUCUCAAAGAGGUUUCACUGCAUGAUGUGAGGUUGCAUCCCCACUUAUCAAUCCAUGCUCGAGCUCAGCUCACAAAUUUGGAGUAUCUGUUAAUGUUAGAUGUGGAUAGCUUGCUCUGGAGCUUCAGGAAGACGGCUGGUUUACCCACUCCUGGCAAGCCUUAUGGGGGUUGGGAAGACCCAAAAAUUGAACUUCGAGGCCAUUUUGUUGGACAUUACUUGAGUGCAUCAGCUUUGAUGUGGGCCAGUACACACAAUGAUAGUCUGAAGGAGAAAAUGGCUGCUCUUGUUGCCAAUCUUUCUGUCUGCCAGAAAAAACUUGGUACAGGAUAUCUCUCUGCAUUUCCAUCUCUGUAUUUUGAUCACUUGGAAGAACUUAAGCCUGUGUGGGCCCCAUAUUACACCAUUCACAAGAUAAUGGCUGGCCUGUUAGAUCAACAUACUGUUGCUGGAGAUCCUCAUGCUUUAAAAAUGCUGAAAUGGAUGGUUGAGUACUUUUACAACCGGGUGCAAAAUGUGAUUUCAAAGUUCACUAUAAGUAGACACUAUCAAUCAAUGAAUGAGGAAACUGGAAGAAUGAAUGAUGUCCUUUACAAAUUAUAUAGCAUUACGGGAGAUCCAAAGCAUUUAUUGUUGGCUCACCUUUUUGACAAGCCAUGCUUUUUAGGGUUGCUUGCGGUGCAGGCUAAUGAUAUUUCUGAUCUUCAUGCUAAUACACAUAUUCCAAUUGUUGUUGGAUCCCAAAUGCGUUAUGAGGUCACUGGUGAUCCACUUUAUAAGGAAAUUGGCACAUUCUUUAUGGACCUUAUUAACUCUUCUCACAGUUAUGCAACUGGAGGGACAUCAGUUACAGAGUGGUGGCAUGAUCCAAAGAGAAUGGCAGAUUACCUGAAUACGCCAGAGACUGAAGAGUCAUGCACAACUUAUAACAUGUUGAAAGUUUCAAGGCACCUAUUUAGAUGGACCAAGGAAAUAACAUAUGCAGAUUAUUAUGAGCGUGCUUUAACAAAUGGUGUAUUGAGUAUUCAAAGAGGUAGAGAACCCGGAGUGAUGGUUUAUAUGCUGCCACUAGGCCCUGGGGCUUCAAAGGCUAAAUCUGAACGCGGUUGGGGAACAAAGUUUGAAUCUUUUUGGUGCUGCUAUGGAACAGGCAUUGAAUCAUUCUCAAAGUUAGGAGACUCUAUUUAUUUUGAACAAGAAGGGAAGGAUCCAACUCUUUACAUAAUCCAGUAUAUAUCAAGCUCUUUUAAUUGGAAAUCUGAGUAUCUCAUGCUAAAUCAGACUGUGGUUCCUACUACUUCAAUGGAUCCUUAUCUACGAGUGACAUUUACAUUUUCUCCUACUAAGGGAUCUGGUACUUCUUCCACAUUGAACUUCCGGAUACCAGUGUGGACUCGUUUGGACAAUGCCAAGGCAAUACUAAAUUCUGACACCCUAUCUAUGUUAUCUCCUGGAAACUUUCUGUCAAUCACACAAAAGUGGAGUGCCAGUGACAAGUUGACCCUUCAAUUGCCCAUUACUCUUAGAACUGAGGCUAUAAAAGAUGACAGGUCAAAAUAUGCUUCUAUUCAAGCAAUUCUUUAUGGUCCAUAUCUUCUUGCUGGUCAUACCAAUGGUGAUUGGAACAUUACAGUUAGUUCAAAUGCAUCCAUCGAUGACUGGAUUACUCCAAUCCCUGCAAGUUACAAUAGUCACCUAGUAACUUUUUCUCAAGACCUUUCUGGCUCAACUUUUGUUUUGACCAACUCAAAUCAAUCUCUUAAGAUGAUAAAAUCACCUAAACCUGGAACUGCAUUGGCUCCUCAUGCAACCUUUAGACUUAUCUCUAGUGAAUCCUCCUCAAAAAGGUCUUCAACAAUUGGAGAGGAUUCUAUUAUUGGUGAAUCAGUGAUGUUGGAACCAUUUGAUCUUCCUGGAAUGCUCUUGAAGCACCAAGGAGCAGAAAAUAGUAAUGUCAUUGUGGAUCAUUCUUCCAAUGGUGGGGUCUCUAGUGUUUUCAAUGUAGUAAAAGGAUUGGAUGAACAAAAGGGAACUAUAUCAUUAGAAUCAGAAAGCAAAAAGGGUUGCUUUGUGUGUAGUAGCGGCUCUGGUGCAAUUGUGAAGCUCAAAUGCAAGUCUAAGUCUCAUACUAAUUUCAAGCAAGCUGCUAGCUUCAUAGCAAGAGAGGGACUAAGCAGGUAUAAUCCUAUCAGUUUUCUGGCUAAAGGAGCAAAGAGGAACUAUCUUUUGGAGCCAUUAUACUCCUUCAGAGAUGAAACUUAUACAGUUUACUUCAAUAUUCAAGCCUCCUCUAAAGAGUGAGUGGUGGGGAAUUGAUUUGAAAGCAAUAGGUACCUCAGCAGAAGAAAAUGACAAUGUCACUUCUAGGUAACAAUCCCAUGGAGUAGUUUGUAGUACCUUCAAAAAAUGUUAAGAAGAUGAAGAAGAGCUUGUACUGGAUGAUUAUGUAAAGACUUUGGUCCUUCCUUUUUCUUCUAAACCGAAAUAAAUAGAAUCUCCUAAAUCCAAAAAAAUUUGAAGAGGUGA